UUUCGCAGUGCCGGAUGGUAUCUUUUAUCUAUUCCACGGCGGUCACACCGAAUAGCGAUAAUAAUUUUUGGCCAGCGAUAUUGGAUAAUAUAAAUAAAGCGCAGCACCAAGGAAACUCCAAUUUAGAUUAGCAGCUGGACAGAAAGUCGGUUACAAGGAGCAGCGCCAUCGCCGCCCACACGAACACACACACACACAGCAUCCCAGGAUCAAGGGAACGCACGCCAUGCCCACACAAGUCCAGAUGAGGCCGCUUUUGCGAAUAUUCGCAGAACCCAUCCUGCUCAUCCUAAUCUGCCUUCUCACUUUGGGCGCCAAAGGUGAAAAGGUCUUGCAGGAGACUUUCCUUGGGUUGCAGGAGGCACCAAUCCACGAUUUGGGGGACCUUCGGCUUGUGCCGUCCCGUCUAGACUUUGGAACGUGGUCCGUCGGCCAGGCGCGUUCUCAGACGGUGACACUGUUCAAUCAGCACUCCAAUCGAACGCUCCAGCUGAACGCGGUGGCCGGACCAAGUCCGGCGUUCUACAGCAGCUUCCUGGGCACGAGAGAGGUGCCGCCGCAAGGCAAUACCACUUUCAACGUGGUGUUCCUACCGCGGCAAUUGGGCGCCAUUGCCGCCGACCUUCUCAUUCACACCUCCUUCGGCCAGGCCGAGUUGGCGGUACAGGGCGAGGGCAGUGAGUGCCCGUACCGCCUAAAGCCAUUGGUGGGCAUCAAAGCGCCCAUGAAUGCGACACUCACGCCAGAGAUUCACAUGUACAACCCGCACGAGCGGCCGCUGCAGAUACUUGAGAUAUACAGCAGCGGCGGCGAGUUUCAAUUAGAGUUGCCCAGCGGUGGCUCGGAGGGCCCACAAAAUCUGUGGGAGAUUCCGCCACACACUUUAAAGCCGGUCAUUAGGAUAUCUUUUCACGGCCGCACAGCUGGCAAUCACAGCGCCUACAUACGCAUCAAGAUCGCAGAACAGGAACUGGAUCUCGGCCAGGAGAACGUCCUGGUUAUUCCUGUCGAAUUUGAGAUCCUGCCACGGCAUUCUGCGUACGCCCGCAAUCCACUGGCAGACUUUGGCCGUGUGGCCACUUUAAAUGCUCCGGAUGCAUUACAGUUCAAGCUGGACGUUCGGGACGACGAGAGCCGCCAACUCUUCGGCAGUUACCUUCGUCAGAUCCCGGGUCUUUCGUUUGACGCAAACAACACAAGUAUAGUGUUGAAUGCCAGCCUAUUCGAAAGCGACGAAGCCAUCAACGAUCUGCUGGUGAUCAACAGUAACCAGUCCAGUUCCAGUCCUGGUGCGGAUCAGGCGUUUACAGUGCUGGUGCGAGCAGAAAUCUUCCAUGGAGGGCUCUCCUUCGACAGGAAUGCCACCAGAUUUGUAACCACUUCGCCAGAAGGCGGCGAGGGUGAACCGCUGGAAAGAAAACGCUCGCUGGUGGUGCGGAACAAAUUCGCAAUGCCCCUCAUUCUGUUUAACGUAAGUCUCACAGAGCCCAUUGAUGAAUCCAUUUUGGAAGUAGCCCUCGUGGGCGAUCCAAGGAUACUACUUCAGCCGGGCGAAUCUGUUGAGCUCCUGCGCCUAAACCUGCUAAACGACCAGGUGGCGUUUAAAUCCUUUCUGAGGAUUGAGACGAACGUCACGGUCUUUAAACUUCCAUUGGUAUCAUGCAGUGGACGUUUACACGUUUCCACGCAGCCAAUUGUGCUUAACUUUCGCCAGGAAUCGCUGGAGAAAGCGGCAUAUAACCUGGAGCUAGAUCUGGGAACUGUGCCAUUCGCUGAGAUGUCGCGCGACGGAUUCGUGAUCCUGAGGAACGACAAUCCAGUGCCCGUUAGAAUAACGAAUUGGUUCUUCAAGCAUCCAAAAACUGUCUACUCGCAAAGCACCUUCCUGGGUUGCCGCGCCACGGCCAUCGGACAUCCGGUAAGUGUCGAGAACGAGACUAUGGGAUGGCAUUUAUGCAGAGAGAUUCGUGCCGGUGAGAGCGCCGUAUUUAAAGUGGCCAUUCAGACGUACGAAGCGGAUGCAACGUUUGGAACCCUUAAGGUCUGGACGCCAUACGAAGUGAUUCGCGUACGCGUUAAGUUCGAAGCCUCUGUGGGCCACUUAGAGAUAGAGCAGGAGCAGCUCAGCUUUAAGAACUGCUUUCCUGGCAAAAUGUGCACUGCCGUGCUGAGCAUCCGGUCAAGCUUCACACACCCGGUGCACGUGAAGGGUAUAUCCUUUGCACUUCCGGUGGGACUGCGCUUUAAGGACUUUAAUGCGAAGGGCACUACGAUUGCUCCGCAAACGCUGACCAAGGUUGGACGCAUUUACUUUGACCCUGCGUCCGUGUGUCGAAAUAAUUGCUAUAUACGAGAGUCCACCAAUGAUCUAGCCAUCUUCCCCAGCGUUCCAGGUGGAGGGAUUGGCAACGGUGGCGUUAUCAACAAUAAUCUCCUCUAUGACGGAGUGGAGUUGAGACAACGCACGGAACUCUUUAGGCAGUUGCGACGCCAAUUGUCAUCUAUGUCCCUCACGCUGCACAGCGAAGAGCUACCGCCGUUGGAGUUGGACUUUUCCAUAACGAUUGAGUGGCCGAAACUGGUGCAGUUUCAGCCUAUUCCGCCCACUCCGGCUAUUGAGGUUGGCCAGGUGCAGCGCCAGUGGAUAACGCUGACGAAUCCUUCGCAGAGUCCGCUCCUGCUUGAUUACUUUCUAUCGGAUCCGGCUUUUGCACGACGUACCCAGCUAUCGUUACCCCACGAAGUCAUUGACGUGAGCUCAACAAGUUGCUAUCUGACAGAUAGAGCGGUUUUUUCCCUGCCUGAAGCCGGGGAUCCCAUUCUGUUGCCUGGAGGCGCCAGCUUAACCAUCCCCAUCACUUUCAGUGCCCAGCUGCCGGAGAAGUACUGUACCCUGCUGCAUGUGAGAAGCAAUCUUACGCUGUAUGAGGCUGUGUGGCUACAGGCUCGUGCCGUGCAGUCGCAGUUCCGUUUUGGAAAUCGGCGCCCGGGAGCCGCCUCGCCGUUGCUCUUUGAGAUGGCCACCGAUCAAUUUCAGGGCUGUCAGUCUGGCAAUGAAGCAGUGGUAGUAACUCGAAGUUUUACGGCCCGCAACUCGGGUGUCAUCCCAAUAAGGAUCGAGGGCUUCCUCGUUGGCUCGCUGCCGUGUGAGGAUUUCGGCUUUAAGGUGAUGGAUUGUGCGGGAUUCGAUCUGGGCGAGAAUGAAACUAGAAAAGUGGAGAUAGCGUUUAGCGCAGACUUUACUACCUCGAGGGUAAAACGAUCCCUUACGCUGAUAACGAACCUUACCUACGAUAUAAGCUAUAUGCUUCUAGCACAAAUGCCAGCGGAAAGUGUGGAACUAUGUGCCUCGCUUUUGGUUCGACCUGGAUGGGAAUCCUCCCUAAAAAACGCCGCCCUUGUAGUGCUACUGGCCAGCUUUGGACUGGUUUUGGUGGCGGCUGUCUUUGACGCAAAAGCCAUAAUGGUUCAACAAAAUGCCUACGAUGCGGCUAGAAACAAGGGUCCUUUGCAGCCUACGUUUAAUUUACGGAAUAUAGUAAAACUGCAGGCGGAGGAGGCAGCAGCUAAGGCAGAGACUGUGCAGCAACAGCAGAAGGUCAAAAAUGGCCAACUGAAGGAGCUGCGAAAGCGAACAGUAGUGAAUUCCACGAAUUCAAAGUCAAAGUCGAAGUCCUCAUGGUCACCAUGGAGCAUGGACAUGAAUGCGCUAAGCAAGCAUCUACAAAAAGCCAAACCAAAGACAGUGGUAAGCACUCCAGUUACCCCUCCUGCUGCUAGUGCUCCUGCUGCUGCUCCUGUCCCCUUGCCAGAGGCAAAGCCCGUUAAGAAAUCUUCGACGCCAUCGCCUCAAGGUGUUCCUAUAUCAGUUCAGGUUCGGCCCCAGAAGAAAGUAAAACCCACACCUGCAGUGGUCCUUGGGACAACCAAAUCCAAGCCGGAAGCAUCGACCCCCGUUGUGGAGCAGCAAGAAAAGUCGUUGGCCAAAUCGAGUCCACCACAGCAGGAGAAUAUAUCGCCCAAGCCCAACAAGCAAUCAGAACCGCGUGUGCUUAAGGAACAGAACGGAUCGGCCAAGAAAAUGGGUAAAACACCAGGCAGAGAACGGGAAAGAGAACGCCGCUCGAAGGAUCAAAAGUUGACCAAUGGCACGGGGGCUGGAGUGGGAUUCAGAAAGCCAGAGCGAAAACAGCGCCAGAAGUUGAAUUUUGGUCAGACCACGAAUAGCACGUCGCCGCCAGAGUCGCCAGAUGCGCUUAAAUGCAUCAGCAAUCCUUGGGAGACGAGCAGUCGCGUCUCCUUCCGGGAUGUGCUUCGGACUCCUCAAAUGGCGCCCACGGAUAAUGGUUUCGAUUGGAACCAUGCGACGUCUUCGAGUGAUCUCGGACCGAUCGGAGACAACCGCAAGAACGCCACGCCGCCGAUGGUGACAUCGCUGUGGGAGCCACUUUCAGCUACGGCCAGUAAUUCGCUGUUCGCCAACACCGAGGUGGAUUUCAUAACACCAGAUGCUAUCUACGAACAAAGGGAGCGGGAAAAGCCGCAGUGGGAACAGCGGAGCGACUUGGUCAUGCGACAGCAACUACUUCUUCAGCAGAACCAGAAACUGGAGUUUCAGCAAAGGCAGCAGGAGAAGAUUUCGCUGCUGGCGAUUAUGGAUCCGAGCAACUGGGCCACAAACUGGUCACCACUAGGAUACUCCAACUGGCCCAACGCCACAGCCGGCAUCGGUGUCAUGCGUCCUCCUCCAGGUCUGGAGCAGAGCGCACGUCAGACGCACAACCUUGCACAACAACCGGUCUCAGCGGGACCGACAUCUGGAACUGGAGCUGCACUACCCGGCGAAAGCCUACCCACGCAGUACGAUCCUUUUACCUCGCCAAGCUCAAUCUGGUCGGAUACGUGGCGUCAGUCAUCACAGCGCAACAACCAUAACCAUAACCACAUGAACUAAGGGAAUGACGAGGAGCAAGCUCACUGAUCAAACCGAAUCAACCAAAUGAAAUUCUUACCACUUAGACACCUAGGAUACGCGACGAUGGAGGAACGCUGAAUGAUCUUUUCCAAUUUGACUUUUGACUAAUAAACGCAAAGAUAAUUGACUUUCGUAUCAAA